CUCUUAGGUAUAUUUUCAUUAAAAUAUGUACACUUGACUAAUACCCAAAACAACACACUCCUCUGUAUUUCAGCUGCCACAACUGAAAAAUACUGUGAACUUGUCAAGUUGUGUUCAUAGUUGACACUAUUCUCCUUCUGGGUUGAUUUCAAUUCAUCAAUCAGAACCUGGGUUCUCUCUAUAUUUUCUUCUGAUAAACCUCUGAAAGGUUAUUUGUCAUGGAUUUGUACUAUGGUUGUGGCGCUAAUGAUUUUCUUAUACCGAAAGAUCAAGAUUUAUUGGAUAGGGAUCCUUCACCAGAUAGUUGGUCAAAAUGGGAAAUGAGUGCUUCUGAAGCCUAUAAUUCACCCACAAAGUUUUUGAUCAUGGAUACAAAUGCUACAGAGGAAGGAUUCAAUUUCAUUGAUGAAAGUUUCAAUAAUGAAAUUGAGUUUAAACCUUCUGUGUAUGAUAAAGAUCAGUCUAGCAGCUCAAGUGUAUCUGGAGCUGAGCAAUCUUUUCAACAAACAGCAUUUUCAUGUGAUCAACCUAACUACCAGCUUCAAGACCUAUCAAGUUUCGAACAGAUGGAUAACAUUUUCUUGGAUUCUGUACUUGAAGAUUUUCCCUCUGUUGAAGACCUACACAAAUCCUUCUACUAUUAUCCUGAAAACCAUGGCAGCGAUUCACCUGGUGGUUUGCAGAAAGAUAUUUCAGCUUCAAAGUUUGUUCCAAGCCACUCAAACUCUGAGGAUUGCAUGGAUAUAAAGACAGUAAAAGUCUUGGACCCUUUUGAGCGGUAUAGUGGAGAUGACACUAUGCAUGAGCAGUCAUCUGUUGAGGAAUCUAUACUGCAGGAUCUUGAGAUGGUAAUUGCACAGUUCACUGUGAAUACUCGCAUUUGUUUCCGUGACGCCCUGUACUGCCUUGCCAGAAACAAUAAACAACAGCUGAAUUUGUUGCAUGCUUUGAGGCCAUGGUUCAAGCUAAAUGGCUAAAGAAUUUUAUUUCAGGCCUUGGAUUGAUCAACAAUAUUGAUAGGCAGUUGAAAAUUUAUUGUGAUAAUUCUGCAAUAGUCUUCUGUUCUAAAAACGACAAGUAUUCCAAAGGUGCUAUGCAUAUGAAGUUAAAAUACUUUGCCCUCAAAGAAGAGGUUAAAAAACAUAGUGUCAAUAGUGCAUGUUAGCACCAAUCGUAUCUUAGUUGAUCCCUUGACGAAGGGUUUACUGCCCAAGACAUUUAUUGGUCAUGUAUAUAGUAUUGGCAUUAUAUCAGCUAAUGAAUGUUGAUCAUUAUUGUUUUGUAUUGAUUAUUGACACUCUGAGCUCAUUAAUGUAUAUGUUUAUGAGAUUUUCCUGUUUUCAGCUUAUGCAUGU